AUGACCUCUCCCAACUUCAUGUUUCCUCUUCCACCUUCACGGUGUCUUCUUCCACCUUCACCAUGACCUCUCCCACCUCCACCAAGUCCUCUUCCACCUUCACGGUGUCUUCUUCCACCUUCACCAUGA